CCGUAAGUUGAAGAAUGAGCUAGUAAGAGAAAAGGAUUGCGAUUCACAGUGAAGAUUUUGUUUUAAUUACCUUCAAUUAUGUUCAUUUAAUAGCAUUUUGAAUCUUCUCUCUCGCGCUCAGUUUGUAUACGACUUUUACGCGUAGUUAUAUGCCUCUUAGGGUUGAUGUUUAUGCUUAAUAACAGAUUAAUGUGAGUCUCAUCCGCUAGUUUGUUAGCAGAGCGCCGUUGCCGCUGCAAUGAUGGAAACUUAAGCAGCUCAAAGCAAACACUCAUUCAGCUCCUCAGGCCACCCAAACACAGGACCCCUGUGCCAGGCAGCAAAAUGCAGACCAUAAAGUGUGUUGUCGUUGGUGAUGGUGCGGUGGGAAAGACCUGCCUGUUGAUCUCCUACACCACUAAUGCCUUCCCAGAUGAGUACAUUCCGACGGUUUUUGACAACUACAGCACACAGACCUGUGUGGACGGCCGUGCCGUCAGCCUUAACCUAUGGGAUACGGCCGGUCAGGAGGAGUAUGACCGCCUGCGAACCCUCUCUUACCCACAAACGCAUGUGUUCAUUAUCUGUUUCUCCGUGGCUAGUCCUUCCUCUCAUGCCAAUGUCAGACAUAAAUGGCACCCAGAAGUGUGCCACCACUGCCCGGGCGUACCUGUGCUGCUGGUGGGAACUAAGAGAGACCUGCGGGCAGACAAGGAGACCCUGGAGAAGCUGAAGGAGCAGGGAAUGAGUCCAACCACCCCGCAGCAGGGCAGCGCGCUGGCCCGCAGCAUUGGCGCGGUGCGAUAUCUGGAGUGCUCAGCUCUUCUGCAGGAGGGAGUCAGAGAGGUCUUCAACGAGGCAGUUAGAGCUGUUCUCUACCCCAGCACCAAGAAACAUACCAAGAAAUGUGUGCUGUUAUAACUAUCGGAGGGUGGGUGGGUGUGUGUGUGUGUGUGAGAGAGAGUUACUGAGUUUCAAUGAGGGUAUGGAUGGAAGUUAGAUGUGAUCGUCUUGUUGAUAUGACUGUGUGUGUCGCUACCACUUUAUGUUUGUAUCUCUACACUACAGAUAGCAGUAGGUGCACAGACUGUUAAUAAGUGAGUUUGAGACUGUGUGCUUGUGUUAAACUUUACACACAUAUCAUCACCUAAGACAUUAAUACAGCACUACAGUGUUGUAAUCUGAAGGCAGGCAGAGGAUGAAUUUGUCUGAAGGACUAUGGGCAUUGAUGACUGCUGCUCUCCCAAAAUGCCUUAAAACCCCAGCACAAAAAGACAACAAAAAAAAGAAGAUUUUUAAGGAAACACUCAGAGGAUAUUUAAUGCACCAAAGUGUCAAUUUAGUCUAAUGUGUCUGGAUGUCUUAUUAAAACAUAUGAAGGUGCUGUCUUCCCUUGUGCACAUCUGUACUCUGUUCAACAGCGUAUACUUUUCCCCUACACCCUAACGGCAAAAUGUGAGGCCUUGCAACCCCACUAAUAUGUGUGGUAUCUUAACACAAGACCUAUAGUUUUGACCUACCUAUAGGAACUAUGCCAUCCUGUUUUCCCUACAUUAUGACCUGUAAAUGAUCACCGUUGGGUUGAUUGCCUUUCAAGUCAGGACAUGUUGUGGAAUCCCAGCGUGCCUUCAGAGGCUCAGCCUGAGCUUGGCUCUUCCUCUGACAUCUCACAAACGCAUCCUUCCUCUCUGCUCAUUUCACCUAGGGUGCUACUUUGGGUGCCAGCUGACAUUUAUUUCUGGAAAGUGCUGCUGAAAGUUUACAGUGGGCUAUGUUAGUUUAUAGAGAGCUGUUGUAGCUCACCUGCCUCCGAUUAGAGCUGUUAAUGAAGGGAUGAAGUGCUGUUGUAUAAAACUCUUGAGAAAGUAAUGAAGAUCUUUCCAUAUUUGGCUCGCUCUGCCUGAAUCCUCAGAGUUUACAAACCCGUUAUUGAAACUAAAGUGCCACUACUAUUUGUAUUAUUUGUAUUUUACACAACUUAAAUGUUGAUCCACUCCAAUGAAGUGCCAUGUUACGAACUGUUGAGGAAGGAGAUAAGCUUUCUGUUCAAAAUAUUUAGACUGUGGUUAAUAUUCACAAACACUAAAAGUUCAGGUUUAGUCUUCAUUUGGGUCCACAUGUACAUUUUAUAUAUUGAAUGUCUACUUUUUUUUUUUUUUCAGCCAAAGGCUGCUUCAUCAAAAUUUUUGUUUUUAGGACACUAAUGAAACACCAAAAAUUGGCCCAAUUUUUUUGUAUUAAAAUGGUUUUUACUUUUUAAUUGUCAUUAUUUUUAAAAUUAUACCUCCACUUGCAUGACAAAAUAAACCAGUUGUAAAGUAA